CGGGCCAGCCUCGCUGCCGCUUAGUGAGCUCGGCGCGCUGACAGUAGGUCGUGCCCAGUCUCUUUCCACCUCCCCAUCGGCCGCGGAGGCGCGCCCGCAGUAACUGUUGGGCACGUUCACCGCAGGGCCAACGAGGAACAGCUUCCUCAGUCUCCGCCAGGGGCGCUACAGCUCAAGAUUUUGCGCAUGCGCUACAGAAGACACGUGGUCCGUGUUUAUCUGUGCGCAUGCGCGAGACGAAGAGCCGGGAGGCCGGGAGACGGUGUGUUUGCAGUCUACGUUCCUGUUUCGGGCGAACCGGUGAGUGCGCGCAUGCGCAGCCAGAGAGGCGAACGGUUGCAUUAUGCAUUGAUCUGUUCGCACGCGCAAGUGAAACAGACGAGGUGACCUGGCACGGGUACGUGCGCAUGCGCACGCAGGUUGUUUCCUCGGUUGCCAAGGGACGAGAGCGGUGCGCGCUGUUGCUAGGAUCCGGAAGACGCUGCAGCAGUUGCGGCUCCGGUCUCGUCCCACUUCCUGCCGUUCCCCGUGAGGUGAACGGGAGCCUGGCCAGUCGACCCCCCUCUGGGCGCUCGGCGGGGUGGGCUGCCCGGACUAUGGGACGGUUGGGGCCCAGAGGCGGAGGCGGCAGCUACCUUCAGCCCUGGGGCUGUGGAGGAGGCUCUGUCUUCGCCGGACUGAUUUUCCAUCUGCCAUCAGAUGUCUUUCUGCCUGACUGAGAUGCACCUGUGGUCUUUGAAGAAUACCUUACAUAUUGGGGAUGAAGACAUUGGGAUCUAUCAGUACUAUGACAAGAAAGAACCAGUAUCACAAAUGAACCAUGGUUACUUAGAAGAGAAACAACAGCUUGUGGAAUCUCGAGAUUAUCCUUGGAUACUUAAAAACAAACGCCCAGAAAAACUGCGCGAUGCUCUCAAGGAGCUGGAGGAGCUGAUGCAAAACAGUCAGUGUGUGGUGAGCAAAUGGAAGAAUAAAUAUGUCUGUCAGCUCCUCUUUCAUUCAGGUGUACUGGUGUCCCUAAGCCUUUCUGGGCCACAGCUGGAGAAAGUGGUGAUUGACAGGACCCUGGCGGGGAAGCUCAUCUCCAACACCAUCAGUGAUGCUGUUCUUACAGACAGUUUCAUCAUCUUGUCAUUUUGGGAGCAAAACAAGCUUUGCUUCAUUCAGUUUACAAAGAAGACAGGUUCUCCUGAUAUAAACAAAAGACUGGAAAAACUCUCAUCCUUGGAUUUUAAGAUUUCUUAUAUUGAUAUACCUGGACCGGCAAGUAGAAGGAUAAAACGUCACCUGUCAAUAAAUUGUAUCCAAGAUAUGGUCAUUUGCUGGUGGUCACUGACUAAUGACGGAGCAUGGCCUUGGUCUCCUAUUUCCAGUGAGAGGGACAGAGCCAACUUAUUGUUAUUAGGCUGUGCACAUGGCAGACUAGAGGUUCUGAGUUACAUCCAUACAGAAUGGGAUCCACUUGAUGCUAGCUUUAGCACUAAUCAGCCUUAUCAGGUUCACACAGUGGAGCACUCCAUCAGCACAGACAAAGAGCCUAUGGCUGACAGCUGCAUCUAUGAGUGGGUUAGGAACAAAAUUCAGUGCAUGUCAGUCACCAGAAUACCACUAAGAUCCAGGGCCAUCAGUUGUUGCAGGAACAUUGCAGAAGACAAGCUGGUCCUGGGCUGUGAAGAUUCUUCAGUAAUUCUGUAUGACGCUCACCAGAGAGUGACUCAGUUAGUCCAGGCAGAACUAUUGCCUGCUUUAAUAAACUGCCACCCCAGUGGAGCCAUAUUUCUGGCUGGCAGCUCUCAAGGGGAGCUGCAGCUUUUUGACAUGGCAUUGUCCCCAAUUAAAAUACAGCUUUUGGCAGAAGACUGCUCACCUGAAGCAACUUUGCAAUUCAGUAAACGGUUUGAUGUGUCUAGCAGCCUCAUCCAGAUACAAUGGGCAGCUCCUCACACUGCGUCUGACAGCGACAACAGCUUGGAUGUUCAUGACCUUCUGUUAAUUCGGUUUGACAAAGGACCUUUAGGAGUACUUCAGUUUAAACUUGGUGUCAUCACAAGAGGACGGCUGGGCCCUGUGGAAAUCAUCCACCAGUAUGUUCGUUAUGAUGAAAUAUAUGAGGCGGUUAGUGUCCUGAGCAGCAUGAACUGGGACACUAUGGGUCAUCAGUGUUACAUAAGCAUGAGUGCCAUUGUAAAUCACCUUCUUAGACAAAAGCUGACGCCAGAGAGAGAAGCACAGCUUGAAGCAAGCCUUGGAACCUUUUAUGCUCCAACAAGACCCCUGUUGGAUAUGACUGUGUUGGAAUAUAGAGACCCAAUCAGCAGAUAUGCAAGAAGGUUCUUCCACCACCUGCUCAGGUAUCAGAGAUUUGAAAAGGCAUUUCUGCUCGCUGUUGACAUAGGUGCUCGUGACCUGUUUAUGGACAUCCAUUACCUUGCAGCAGAUAAGGGUGAAUUGGCACUAGCUGAAGUGGCAAAGAAGAAGGCUAACGACAUUGAUGCAGAAUCAAUAACUACUGGAGUUGCUCUUUUGGGGCCUUUAGACAAAGAGGAUUCUUCAGAUGAAGCUUUUGUCGCCCUAUCUCUAACAUCACAAGAGGAACAGACAUUUCAGGAUGCCCUCCCCGCCUCUGGCUCAAACUUCAGACACACAGCACAGAGCAGUUCUAACAGUUCUGCUACACGUAGACAAAGAGACAACAGAGAGAGUGUGCCUGAAAUAGGAAGCAAUGCUGCUUCUGUAAUGGAAAAACCCUUGUCCUGGAAUCCAGCAGCAAGUUCUGGGAAUUUUGGGGACAUUCACACAGAACAGGUAACACUAUUUUUUUUUUUGUCCAUUCUACUCUAUUUCACCCCUUGGUACAAAUAACAUCUUUCAUUCAAAAGCAGGACUCCGGUCAGUGGAAGUUCCACAUCCAUAGGGCUUGUGAAAUAGAGCCAGACCUUCAUGGUUUGAAUCCAGCCCAGAUCACCAGCGAUCAAAAUUUGUUGAUGUCUGAAUCUUGAUUUGGUGGAGAAAUGGGUCAUUAGUCUCAGUCCACAUCCAUCUCUCAGAAACAGCCACCACGUUUCCAACUAAUUGCCUCCUUUGCUGGAAGUUUCAGCAGCGAGACUAAUAGUUAAAGAGGCACAAAGACUUAAUUUGCCCUUCACUCGCUAGAAUGUAUUUGCUGUCCCGGGGUGGUGCCGUGUGCGUGGCGUGGGCUGCACUGUGGCAGAUCUCUGGCUAUGUGGAACUCGUCAGUCUCCGGUGCAGUCAGUCCAGGGUCUUUGAGGAGAAAUACGUUCGCCGCAGUUUUGUUUAGCAGCGAGGCAGUAACCACUGUCGUUAAGGUUGCAAACUAGUUUCCAUUCUAGCCCAUUUACAGUUGCUUGUAACUGUCUGAAACUCACCUUGGGGGAGGGUGGAAAUUUUCAAUGUAUGUCCUGUGUACAAAAAGGUGAUUUUUAAAAACCUGAGCAAAACCUGUCCAGCCUCCACCCCCCAAGGACAGUGAGAAAAUACACUUUGGUCCCAUCAGAAUAACAACCCGUGCCAAAUAGAACAACUCUCCAGGAACAACUCUCUGUCAGCCCAGGAUCCACACAGAGCAACCUGCUCCGGCCACACCCUCUCCAGCCCCAUCAUGCUCCAGUGCACCCUCUCGUGAUGGUGGGGAGGGGCGGUCCCAGAGCAGGCGGCACAUAAUGGACUGUGGUAGCUGUGCACCCCCAGGAGAUUCCCCUGCUCAGAGGGAACCUCCAGCUGCCUCUUUAAGCCAACCCUGCCCUCUCUGUGCUGGCCAUAAGCAUACAGUAUAAAGGAAUUGUGAACUUUUGCUGACAUACAUACAAUACCUAUGUUUACCGCUAACUUCUCUUAAUAGUUAAUAGCCCCUUUCCUGAAAUGUACCUUAAAAAAAAUCUCCUCUCUGCACGUGUAGCUAUGUUAGCUUUGUAGCUCGUACUACUGGCUGGAAAGAAUGUGCAUAGUCCAUGGGUCGCUUCCAAAAUUACUCAAAUUCCCUAGAGAGAAGGGAAGUUACUGUAUUAAAUUGUCUGGGUCAUUAACGAUAUGCUAAACCCCAUGACAAAUUAGCAUACCGGGAAAAAAAAAAUGUACAUGGGUCUCUAAGGUUGGAGAAAUAUUUUCUGAUCUUUAAUUACAUGAUCUCGUUUGAUUGUGAAGAGACUGUAUUGUAAUAUGCAGGGACCUGGGAGCAGCUAAAGCAUAGUUCUGCUCUGAAAAGUGACUGUUGAAAUGGUGGGACUUUGUGUUCAUUGUCUCUCGAUGACUCCAAAUCA